AGCCAGGCAGCGUCUCAUGAUUCAUUCAGCCGAACACAGGCACCAGAACACGGGCUAGAACACUCUUCCGAGCCGGGGAAUCCAGAGGCCGGGGCUCCACACAUCAAGGCACAGACAGCUGCUUCAUCAUGGCGGACGUUGGGGACGUUUUGAUGUCGGUUUUGUCCACAAUUCGGGUUCCGAAGCCCGGGGACCGAGUCCACAAAGACGAAUGCGCCUUGUCAUUUUCCUCGCCGGAGAGCGAUGGAGGCCUGUAUGUGUGCAUGAACAGCUUCCUGGGCUUCGGGAGUCAGUAUGUGGACAGGCACCAUGUUCGCUCCGGCCAGAGGGCUUACCUGCACAUCACCCGGGUUCGCAAAGCUAAGAAGGAAGAGGAUGUCAACUCAGGAUCUGGACACCCGCCCAAGAAAAAGCCCACCAGACUGGCCAUAGGUAUCGAAGGAGGUUUUGAUGUGGAGCAGGAGCUGUAUGAGGAGGAUGUAAAGGUGGUCAUUUUACCUGACAGGCAGGAAGUGACAUCAGAGGGCCUUGCAACCAUGCCUGACGUUGUGAAAGAGCGGGUGUCCCUGUCAAUGACGGGUAUCAUGGCAGCUGACUCAGUGUCUCACACAUUACAAGUUCAACAGUGGGAUGGAGAGGUGAGACAGGAGUCGAAGUAUGCUAUUGACCUCAAACAGCUGGAUAACGGAGUCAAGAUUCCUCCCAGUGGAUGGCGGUGUGAGGUCUGUGACCUCGAGGAGAAUAUUUGGAUGAACCUGACAGACGGCAAGUUGCUGUGUGGUCGUAGAUAUUUUGAUGGCUCUGGGGGAAACAACCACGCCCUUCUUCACUUCCAGCAGACAGGAUACCCAAUCGCUGUCAAACUCGGCACCAUCACUCCCGAUGGAGCAGAUGUGUACUCCUAUGAUGAGGAUGACAUGGUAUUGGAUCCCAAGUUACCAGAGCACCUUUCACACUUUGGCAUCAACAUGAUGACCAUGGAGAAGACUGAGCGGACGAUGACAGAGCUGGAGAUUGCAGUGAACCAGCGUGUGGGAGAGUGGGAGGUGAUCCAGGAGUCAGGGACCACCCUACGUCCACUGUUCGGCCCCGGCCUGACCGGCAUGAAGAACCUGGGCAACAGCUGCUACCUCAACUCUGUCAUGCAAGUGCUCUUCACUGUCCCAGACUUCCAGAGCAAGUACGUGUCCAACAUCGACAAGAUCAUCGAUGAUGCUCCUAGUGACCCCACCCAGGACUUCAAAACCCAAGUAGCCAAGCUCGGGUAUGGACUGUUGUCAGGAGAGUACUGCAAACCAGCACCAGACCCUGCAGAUGAAAACGGUGCCUCUGAACCCAGGGGAGACCAAAUUGGCAUAGCACCCCGAAUGUUUAAAGCACUUGUUGGACGGGGCCACCCGGAGUUUUCCACCAAUCGUCAACAGGAUGCUCAGGAGUUUUUAUUGCACUUCAUUAACAUGGUGGAGAGAAACUGUCGCUCCGGGCCAAACCCAUCUGAAGCCUUCAGGUUCCUGGUGGAGGAGAGGAUCGUGUGUGAGCAAUCACAGAAAGCCAAGUACACACAGCGGGUAGAUUACAUCGUUCAGCUUCCUGUGCCCAUGGACCAGGCCACCAACACAGAAGAGCUUCAGGAGGCAGAGCGCCGGCGUGAGGAGGGGGACUCAUCCGCCCCGACAGUGCGUGCACAAAUCCCCUUCACAUCUUGCAUGGCAGCCCUCAGUGAACCAGAGAUCCUCGCAGACUUCUGGAGCUCAGCUGUUCAAGCCAAAACUACUGCUACCAAAACCACCCGCUUUGCCUCUUUCCCCGACCAUCUGGUUAUCCAGAUUAAGAAGUUUACCUUUGGUCUUGACUGGGUACCCAAGAAACUGGACGUGAGCAUAGACGUUCCUGACACUCUGGACCUGAGUGCACUUAGUGCCAUUGGCCAGCAGCCGGGGGAGGAGCUUCUACCAGAGGUGGCCCCGCCCUCACUUGUGACCCCUGAUAUGGAGGUUAAAGCUCCAGUUCUUGAUGACUCCACUGUGUCCCAGUUAUGUGAAAUGGGAUUCCCGCUGGAGGCCUGCAGGAAAGCAGUGUACUACACUGGAAACACUGGAAUUGAUGCUGCCAUGAAUUGGAUCAUGGGCCAUAUGGAUGACCCAGACUUCUCGGCCCCCCUGGUGUUGCCAGGCUGCAGCUCCGGCGCCGGCACCACUCCCACAGAGAGCCUCUCCGAGGAGCACCUGGCAACCAUCGUCUCCAUGGGCUUCAGCCGAGACCAGGCAACCAAAGCACUCCGAGCCACGAGUAACGUACUGGAACGUGCAGUGGACUGGAUCUUCUCGCACCUGGAUGACCUGGAGUCCAUGGAUGUGUCUGAAGGAGGCCGCUCAGCUGCAGAGAGCGAGGGCAGGGAACCGCCCCCUGGGCCUCGAGUCAGAGACGGACCAGGAAAGUACGAGCUGUUUGCAUUCAUCAGUCACAUGGGGACAAGCACAAUGUGCGGCCACUACGUCUGUCACAUCAAGAAGGAUCAGCAGUGGGUCAUCUUCAAUGAUCAGAAGGUGUGUGCUUCAGAGAAACCUCCAAAAGACCUGGGAUACCUCUACUUCUACCGGAGGGUGGCGGACUGAGACAACAGAGCCAUUUGCUUGGAGUGAGGGAGGAGAGCUGUGGAUGCUAACACAAACGCAACAACAACAACACAUCAUGAAAAGUCGCAUCCCCACCAAGCUCAAAUGCACGCUUCAAAAUGACAAAACAUGUAAAUAAAUCUCUCCGAUUGCAUAUACACACAGUCAAAUCAAUUGGUGCAGAUGUACAGAUGAGGUGUUUGGGGCCGGGGGGCGAGCCGGGGGUCUGUUCUCAGAGCAGAGUCACUCUAUUUAUCUGGAAAACUUUUCUGAUUGAAACUGAGAUCUGUUAAAAGACGUUUUCUCAGCAAACGCAUCCAGAUAAUUCAGAAAACCUGCUCCACGGAACAAGUCCAUCCACUCUUUAUUAGUAAGUUUUCUUAACUUUCACAUGAAUCCAUUUCCUGUUGAUUUCUACUGCCGUCAGUAGUCACUGCCCCUCCCCGUCAGAUUACUGCCUCCACCCUCUUUUAUUGGACUGUUGCAGCUUGGUCUCGCAGUCGCGGCCGUGCACCUCCUCCUCCUCCUCCUCCUCCUCCUCAUCUUCUUCCUCCUCCGCCUUAUUCAGUGAGGAUGUCAAAACACUUCCACUACAAUAACAAAGAGGAAAUGUCCGAAAAUCAAACAUUAAAGAAGAAAAAGCUCAAAUGUGUGUUACAAAAACUAAAUAAUAAAAAUGUCAAAACACCAAAUUAACUUGUUUUUUGUUAAAGGUUUGGUGAGGGUGAUACCUGAUUGUUUUUUGUGCGGUUUUUAUUUUGCCAACAUCCUUUGUUAUUUCUGCUGUGACAAAUAAAGAAUUGUCUUUCUGUCA